AUGUUUUCCACAGUAGACAAGAAGAGCUGGCCGCCAAGGCUGCCGAGGGAGGCGUACACGAACGCGAGGAACCAGUACACUCAGCUCACGCAGGACGUCUUCGAGCAUGAAUUCCCUGGCGGGAAGAGCUGGUACAAGACCGCCCACCAGCGAAACCAUACCGACAUUGAUCUGAGCGGCGAGCAGUGGUGUCUGGACACCCUAGAGGGCGAGGAGCUGGGCAUCUUGCACCCGGGCCUGCGGAGGGACCUCAUGCAGAGCCUGAACGUCUCAAACAACAGGCUCACCAGCAUCGACUGCCUGAACGUGCGGGAGAAUCGGCACUUCGCGUUCCGGAAUCUGACGCGGCUCAAUGCAGCCAGGAACAUGCUGACCGACGUUCGGUUGUUGCUGGAUACCUUGACCCAGUUGAAUCUCGCGCACAACGAGCUGCGAAAUAUUCCAAAUCUGGGCAACCUGGUGAACCUACAGAGGCUCGUGUUGUCCCACAAUCGCAUCGACGGGCCACUCCGGAGCGACGAGGGAGGUGGCACGGGUCUCCAGGGGCUGUUGAAGCUCUUCUCGCUGGACCUCUCUCACAACGAGUUCUCCUGGCGGCCCUCCUCGUUCAAGACUCAGCUGGAUGUCCUCAAGUCCAUGCCGUCGCUCACGGACUUGAAUCUGGAACCCAAUCCGUUUGCAUUGCGCUUCAAGGAGUACCAGUUCAUCGCGGUGGCUCAGCUCGAAGGCCUGGAGAUGAUCGACGGCAAAGUGCUGGACCGCUACGUGAAGGCCGAGAUUCGAAAGAGGGCCAACCAGAUGGAUGGGCCCAUCGACUUCGGCAUCUUCGACACAAUGGUGAAAGACCGCGAUGCAGAGGUCUUGGCGACGCACGGCGGCGAGCGAGAGGUUGUGCAAGUCCCCCAACUUAGCGAGCUGAUCAAUGUGCUCGAGAUGGCCAUGGACAUGCCGGACCAGGUCGUCAUGCACAUCGAGGAGUUCGACAAGAAGGUGGCGAGCAUGUGGAAUUCACACAUUUGGGACCGACAGCGGCUGAUGCCCCAGCGCGACCUCGGGGCACACGGGGCCAGCUCGGAGCGUAUGUGCUUUGCGUACUUCCGCGGGAACUGCAACAACCCGCACUGCAUACAUGGCCACGGCAACAUCGAAGAGUGGCAAGAGGAUGUCGCGAAGUUUGGGGACAAGUUGGGGCAGGUGCUGCAGCGGUUCGACAGCGUGCAGAAGAUGCUUGUCAUGUGCCUCGUGCGCAUGCUGUCCUGCGGGAACUCCUUGCUGGCAAACAGGUGCGCCGAGCUGCUGGCAGACUGGGUGGAAGCCGUGUCCCCCGAUCUGCACGACAGGGUCGGGGAGAUGUCGGAGGCGCUCUUCGGCGACCUGCGCGAGCGGCUGCUGGCGGGCGUGCAGAGUGUCAACGACAGGCCUGAGCUGUGCCUCGAGGUGGGGAAGGAAGUCCAGACGAAGAGCGAGAAGGAAAGACUAGACUGGAUGAGAGAGAACCAGGAGAGAUGGCCGAUCGACGCCAAUGCCGAGUCGGCUUGCAUCUUGGAGUCCCUCGGGAGAUUCGUCAUGGCAACCUCCCACGUGAAGUCGUAUUCGCCUUUCCGUUCGCAGGUUCUGCGGCCGCUCUUGGUGGCACUUUGCAGGGACUCGCACGAGGAUCUCGGACGGGAAAAGCCCAAAGGGACGUGGAGCGAUUACGCUGGAUUUGCCACCAUGCUUGACGACAGCGUUGACAGAAUGGUCUGCGCCACGACCGCGGUCCAGGCAUGCAAGGAAAGGUGCAUCAAGCAUGGCUGGGGGGGAUUCGUGACGUGCGAGCUCGACGACCAGCAGGGGAUGAUGUCCGUCCACUUCAAGGACAUGUCGCCUAUCAGCCUGUCUGGCCUGAGGAAGAGGAUGAGGAACGAAGAGCAUGCUCGGACUGUGCUCUGGACCAGGCCAGUGAAGGAAGACCGUCUGCUGAACUCGCUGGAGCCUUCUAAUAUCGGAUCCGAUGCCUGGCGCGGUUGGCUGAGCGGGCUCGCGAUCCUCGUGGCGGCCACCUUUCACAGUCACAGUGCCGCACACUGCGUCGAGCUCUACAAGCUCCACGAGAGAGUGGUUGAACUGGAGGCCACAUGUCCGGUGUUCGAGGACAAGUUCGUGGAGGACAAUGUGGAAGCGAGGUUGGCCUUCACCCAGCUCAUGCAGCUCGCCGUGAACCUUACCCGCGCACAUGGGGACAAAGGCCUGAUCGCAAAGGUGUUCUUCAAGACCAAAAGGCUUCACAGGAACUGUUGGAAGAGGGCCCAGCGGUACUGGGAGUGGACCCCUCCAGCGCACCGAGGCGGACACGCGGACAAGUAUGACGAGAGGCCUUUGGUACUGUCUUCGCUAUUCUCCGUCGUCUGUUGUAUGGGUGAAUCGGGCGACGAUGUUGCGUUUGAGAGCACCGAGAACCGGCAGCGAGAGGUCCAAGUAAAAGAGGUCUCUGAUGAUGUGAUGGCUGACCUGAAAGCAAGCGGGAUGGAUUUAUUCUACCUGAUGGUGGACGUGUCUGUGCAACCGAGACCUGAUCCUUUGUUGUUAGCGUCUUCUUUGGAGCUGAUCUUUACGUUCCUCAACAGCGAUGUGACCAUGAACUUCGUUGUGCAGCGGACAAUGGGUACUAUGAUGCACGGGAAACUUCUGCUACCCUAUGUUAGAGGCCGUAAGAACAAGGACGAGUUUAACAUCAAGUAUGCAGAGCUUUGGAGACAGUGCGAACUCUUGUAUCCUCUGGACGUCUCUGUCAAGGAACGCAUGCCAGAGCUGGUAGCCACAGGGAGGAAUGAUCAGCAUAAGUGGUUAGAAAAGGUUCCAGAGCUGGCGCGGCUGACAAACCCUCUCAUGCACCGCGUCCUCAUCAACAUUGUGAGGCUGUUUGAUCUUUUCAGCCGUGCGUGGCAGAAGGACGGCAGUGGUUCGCUACGCAAAGCAAACGACGACCUAGACGAAGCAGGGCGCGAGGACGACAUGCUCAUUGGCCCGUCCACUGGCCUCGUGACCUGUCCUGAUUACGAUGUCAAGCUCCAGUGUCUCCGAUGUAUCAGGAACAUCGUGGUCAAGUCAGUCGAGCAGUUCCAAUUAAAUGAGAUGGGCACGCUCAUGCGCUACCUGACCGCCGAAGCCAUGGGCGUGGGGCAACAGGAGAACUUCUUGAUGCUGGUGCUGGAGAUUAUUAUCAGGCUCGUCGAGGACACCUCCAGCACAGGCCAGCUGUUCCGCGAUCGCUUCGCCAAGAACGCCAUACGCGAGUCUUUCGAGAUGCUGCAGGUGAACGCCCGGCGCGACGUGUCGGGCAGCCCCGACGAGGAGGAGUCGAAGCUCAAGCUGAGCCUCACGAUCUGCGGCCUCCUGCAGGCCUGCUCCGUCCGCCCGGGAGUCGCGAUCCGCAGGUUCAUGCGCCGCGGCGACCUCCUCCAGGCGCUGAUCGACACCGUCAAGAUCGAGGACGCUGGCGACCGGCCCUCCUAUCGCCAGAGGCUCCUGCGCACCUGGACCGGCAGGCAGGUACCAGACGUGCUGCUGCCCCUGGCCACGCACGACCACCUCGACAAGUGGCGCGUGGGGAGGUAUUUGAUUUACACGCGCACUGCCGACAUACUGGCGGGCAAGAGAGAUUAUCGCGUCGGGCGGAGGAAGGCGCGGCGAGUGGCCGAAGUGGAGACCACCAACGAGCGCUACGACUGGCCUUCCUUGUUCUCGCUGCGGGGGCAGGUUCUGGCAGGACUGGCAAGCGACCCUGUAGAGGACGAGGACUGGACAAAGCAGCAGAAAGCUUUUGUUGGUGCGAACGGUUGUCAGAAGCUCGUAACCACGAUGGAGGCAUUUUGCGGUGGAGUUGGCUAUAAAGCUCGGUUCAGCCAUGCUAGCGAAGUGGUGGGCAACAUGAUUGGAGAUGCAAGCUCUGAUAUUGACAAAUGGCACGGUGGCGGAUCUUUCAUGAAGUGA